AUGGACAGAACAGACCCCGAGAUUCCAAAAAACGCUGGUUCAGGACUCCAUCUUGAGGAUGAAUUGGUAGGUGAUGAUAAUCAGUCGGCCAGACGCAGCACAGUUGAACACUUGAAAGAAACGAUGGAUCAGUUCCAGCAAUGCAAAAUGGAAGCGGCCAUAGAGUCUUUGCAAGUUGCGUAUAAGCACUUCCUGAAUCUAACCCCAGAUAGCUUCAGAAACCCGACUGAUUACGAGAAGGAGCAGAUGGAUCGAGGUAGAGAGAUGUGUUUGAGUAAUUGCUCCGCUCCUCCUUUCUUUGGUGCUGUUUUGUUAAACCCCGAGCUGCCCAUAGAUAACGAUGACCAUUUUUAUGCCAGCUUUACUACUGUCUUUGGUGCUGUUGCACUCAAGCUGCAUAAAUAUAAAAUAGCUAUAGACUUAUUUCGGCGAUGUCAUUCUCUUUUCACAUCUGAUGUCACGCCAUGUCCUGGGAACAACAUUCAAGUUAUCGAUACGUUAAAAGCAGUAGCCAAGGCGAAUGUAGGCUGUGUUUAUCUUAUUAUGAGAGUUAUGGAGAAGGCUAAGGAUUAUCUAGAAUGUGCGCUGGAGAUUUUAGAAACAUUUAAAAACAAAAACAAAACUUACCCUACAGAAAUAAACAUGGUUGUUAUACAAUCCAACUUAAGCCUAGCUUACCAGUGUCAAAAGAACUACCCUGCUGCAGUGAAGUUGCAAGAGCGUCUUCUUCUGAAGGCCAAAGACCCCAUUAUUCCCCCACAUUUGGUAGCUGCCAUAUAUUACAAUAGAGCAGAGUUGUUCAUAGAGCUCAAAGAGCCUGUCAAAGCACUCAUGGAGCUGAGGACAUUGGGGUCACUAUCUGAGAGGAUGAACGAUGAAGGAGGAAUGUUCUCAAAGUUUAUAUCUUCUAAAAUUUGUUUGGUGUAUCAAAAUAUUGGAGAUGUAGCUCGAGCAGAGAAAAUAGCGGAGCGCUUGGCUCUCCCUUUUCUUUCCCCUCAAUCGCUAUCACCACCACGAUCGCCCUCCUCACAAUCUUUUACGGCAGCAUCAGGGUCAGGGUUAGGGUCAUCAUCAUCAUCUUUAUCAGUUUCAUCCUCGUCAUCGUCAUGUUCGUCACCAACAUCGUCAUCUUCAUCGUCUGCUUUGUCACCGAUGUCUUCAUUUUCGUUUUUCUUUCCCGAUUUUGAAGCUGUCCUCGGAUGUAAUGGAAAAUUCAACUGGGACUUCUUGUUCGCAAUGAUAUUGAAUUUGGUCGAUUUUCACUUGAACGAAAAAAACUUAAACUUUGCAUCUUUCCUCGACGUUUUUGUACCAUAUUGCAAAGAAUUGCUUGGGAAAAACCACCCAACACAUGCAUCGUUUCUCUAUAAGCAAGGUGUUAGAUUUUUUUUGAUGGAACAAAACCUGUCAUCAAAAAAUUGCUUUGAAGAAGCAUUACAUAUUUUGAAAAGUUUUGACUACGGUUCAGAUCACCCGGAUUUAGUGCAAUGUAACAUCGCCCUUGCAAAGUUAUUAUUGUGCGAAGACUUUCACGAGGUUCCUCAGUUGAAGUCGCGCCCUGACCGAAGCUGGCGAGAAUUUCCUUGCGACGCAGCAGAUGGAGUUGUGAACCCUGAUAUUCCAUCAUUUAGAGGAGGUAUCAACAAGUGGGACAGCAACGAAGAAUUAGACGAACCAGGUAAACUUUCUGGUCAAGAACAUCGUAAAGGCAACCAUUGCUAUCGAGAUAAAAAUCCAUCCCAAAAGGAUAAAAACAGAGGAAUCAGCAUCUCACAAAAGAUAAUGAAAACACCAAACGAAGUCGGCGAUGGAGGGAAUGUCGAUUUAAAAACUUCUUUUCAUGGAGGAGAUGUGGUUGCAGACAGCGGUGAAAACCGCGAUGUACUUCCUAUAAAUGGGGCUUACGGCUUUGAAAAGGAUUGGAAUACCCAAGCUGUUGCUCCUCCAAAAACACCAGGAGAUUCCCAUGAGAGUAAUUCGAGAACAAAAAUAUCUCUUGGUUUGAAAGGUGGACGCCGAAGCGAUCUUCCGUCAGGCCACAGUUCACAAAGGGAUCCGAAUGAGGAUGACUUUGGAACAAAUCACAUCGGAAUAGAUCCCAGUUUUCUCGCACGUCAUUCUUAUGAGUGCAAUGCAUCUGAUGAGCAAAGGGGUUCUUGCGGUCCAUUUGAAGACUUAGAAGUACCUGCAGGAACCCUCGCCGAGUACAACAGAUCUGCGCGUAUGCCUGAAUUGUACCACCCUACUGCCCCAAGUUCAUCGACAUUUCCUGAAUGUCGUGAUUUUACAAAAUUCGAUGCAGGAGAUCAGUCUACCUACCCUAGCACCAUGGGAUCUCCUCCACAAAUAUACUCAAGUCGUGAUGGUUAUCAACCGCAAGAGUCAUCCCUUAACUUAGUCCUAAUGCCCAAAACUGUUUCAGCGAAGAAGUUAAGACUGCCUCAAUCUUCAAGUUUCCUCCAAGAUGGAUCUAAAGCAAAUCUCCCGUUGAAAGUCAAAGAGUUUCUCACUGGUAAUGUACGGGCAAGAAAUCCGCCAAAUAUCUUCACAAAUGGAUAUAUGCUCACCGAAAGGCCGACGUUAUCAUCGCAGUUUGAAAGAAGAGAUGACGCUCCAGAAUUUCUUCCGGACAGGGAAAGUGCGGGAGCUGAUCAGGGUCUGUUAAACAGUAAUUCAAACACAUCUGCUGACGAGUCGUUGGCCGUACUCGAGCAACGUGUGGCUGAAGCUUGCUCUCUUGUCGAGAGAACUUUGAAAGAAAGACAAGAAAGAGAGAAAGCAAUGAAAGAAACUGAGCAAAAAAGAAAAGAAAAGCGGGCAAGGAAAGAACAACUUGCACGUGAAAGAAAAGAAUGGGAAGCGAGAGAAGCGAGAGAAAAGGAACUUAUGAAUGAAAGAGUAGAAGGGAACUCCACUAGCGGUGGACAAGAAACACCUUCGCAAGACUCGGCAAGUGCUGGGGUUCGACAAUGGCUGUGUGAACAUUAUCAGCGGCUCUGCCGUGUCAAGUUCUCAUGCUGCGGAAAGUUCUUUCCUUGUCAUCGUUGUCAUAACAACUCUGGGUGUCCAAAUGACAAUUCCAAAGCAAGAGAGGCGUGUUCUGUUGAGUGCUCUGUUUGUAGCCAUCAACAAGAGGUAAAUAGGAAUGACAUUGAUUUCAAAUUUUAUAUGAGGAAAGAGAGUUCUUACGCUUAGGUUAUAAGCGAUUUAACUUCGAAUGCUUGACUUUUAAGAUCAACCAGGACGCCCACACCUGUGUCAGAUGCAAAACAAGGUUCUCAGCAUAUUUCUGCUCGGUGUGUAAACACUUCACAGGGGAGGAUAAAGCUCCUUAUCACUGCGAAAAAUGUGGUAUCUGCCGGUAGGUGAAACAAUAUUCAUGAAAUUUUUUUUUCGUUUGUUUGGAUAUUAUGCAUGCUCUCCAAAAGAAUGAGGGUUACCUUUUGAGCGAGAGCAAGGUAUUGCAGAGAAAUGUUUCAUCGAUGAGUGCUUAAAACACCCCGUUGCUAGUUGCUUCUCAGUAAGGAAUGAGAGUCCGACAAAAUAUUAGUUUUGGUUUCCUCAUACGUAUCAAGUUUCCUGCUCACUAAUUGUUCUAGCUUAUCGAGUAGAAAAAUACAACGCUUUUCAGUAUGAGUUAGAGAUUUGUUUCCCCAACGAAUCAUGUUGUGCUCGAAUAAAUACCUGCUAAGUGAUGCCCCUAUUUUCCGUUCAGAAUCUACAAGGACCGCUCCUUCCACUGUGAUGUGUGUAACGUCUGUCUGGACAAACGGCUGGAAGGAAAACAUUCUUGCCGAGCAAAUUCAGGACACGAUGAGUGCUGCAUCUGUUUAGAGGUAGUUACGUAAUUACUUAUUAAGGCUGAAUAAGAGUAAGGAAUGGGAGAAAUAUGCUCCAAAAGAUUUUGCCCCUUAGCUAAAGGAAUUAACCUUGCAUUCAAUUGGGUUUUAUUAACCUGUUACGCAUAGCAACGUCAGGUGCCUGCAUUUCUUAAGUGGAAAUCUGGCGAAAGAGAAGCAGGGCAAUUAGAUCACAAUCCAAAUUUUUUUGCUCUUUUUUUUUUAUUUCAUUGAUCAGUUCUUUAUUUCAGGACGCUUUCAGCGGUUGUCAGAUCCUGCCAUGCUCACACAAGGUUCACCGAGAGUGUGCCAUUGCUAUGAUACAGAACGGCGUGUAAGUGUUCAUGAAAUAUCGUGAUAUCUAUUUUUGGGAAUAAGCUUAAAUAUGGGAGGACACUCCACUGCUCCGCUGAAAAUUUGUUGCUAUUCAAUUCUGGAUUGGGUGUGUGUGUAUGUGGACCUGCUCGAGCUAUGAGUCUACAAUGAGUAGUUUUCAGUUGCAUGUAAAAUUAAAAAAACUGUCUCCUCUUAAGUAGCCUUGAUCGCCAGUGGGUAAAAGUGAUAUAUUGACAAACAGCGAUUGGUUUUUGCGAUCAAAAUAACUUGGGAAAUGAUAGGAAACUACAUCAAGAAUAAACAGUACGGACUUCCGGAGAAACAGACCUUCGCUCCCGCCUCCAGCUGGAAGUGAGUCUGGUGUCCCGGGUAUCGUCCUGAUUGUCCCCUUAGCUUUUCUGAGGUCCAGAGAUAAUUUCAGUUUUAGUUUCGAGACGCUCUUUGUAUUUUGUCAUGGAGUUCUCUUCAAUCUAAAGCGAUAUUACGUCAUUCAUAAACUUGGCAAGACUUUUAAUAUUAGGUAGGCCAGAUUUUACUGUAACAUUCCCACACUAGUUUUUCUCAAGUUCACCUGAAAUAUUUUCUUUUAAUUUGCAGUCGCAGCUGCCCAAUUUGUCGCCAUCCUUUGUACAGUCAGACAGGAAUGAAUGAAUAACAACCUCGACUCCAGUGCUCAGAAUUCCAAGAAAAGGCAAAUUGUUUCUAUUUGAGAUGUUUUACUAAGUGUCUUGAUGGACGUUUUCAUUCUUUAUUGCAGAAUCGAACUAUUUAUCCCUAGGAAUGACUGGCUCCUAAUUUUUCCUCACCGUAUCACCCUAGAAUUAAAUGGUAAAUGUAACGAAAAUAAAGGCAAUGAUCAUUAAUUUAGGAAGCUCCUGAUUGUCAAACAAACUCUCAUUGUUAGUACCAGAGGAAAUAUAAAGAGAAAAGUGUGGAUUGUUGGGGUAUAAAGUGUUAAACAUCGUAAUAGUUAUUUUAAUCUUACCUGUGCAAGGACACAAACCUGAGGGGGGAGGGAAAACGAGGGUGGCAGGAUCCCUUUAGGUCGAAGUGAUUUCUAUACAGUGACUUUUGUAUCCAAUUUAGUAGAAGGCUAUUCAUCCCUUAAAAGAUUUGUGUAAAAUUGUGCAAAGCAUCGGUUAGUCUGCCGAGGAGAUGGAAAGCUAAGUUUAUCAUAAUAGUGAAGCCAUUGUAAAAUUCUAUUUCUUAUCAUUGUAAGGAAACAACAGAAUACUUAGAUUUGGUACGGGUUGUUUUUAUCGUCAUCUAAAAUGAACAUAUGCUUUUAGGGAUUUUAUAACCCUUACACUUUCAGCCAAACAAAACAUUUCUCAUGGUGUUGUCAUUAAAUUGGUAGUGUUUUAUGGUUAUUAGAAUGCUGUGUGAAAUAAGGCUCCUCUACAACGUUUUUCUCAAAUUUAGUUUCACCAGAAGAGGAAGGCAUUCUAAGGGCUUCAAAUUUCAUCUUCUUUGCCUUCGGGAGACGUGUGAUAGAAAUGAAGGGAAGAAAAGCCCAGCUUGCUCUUGAAAUUUCUUAGGUUUUUACUCUUUUCAUAGUUAUGUAAGUCGUUUGUUAUUUUAUUCUGGUGUAACCUUGGGAUUUCAAAGUUCAAGUAGCCAUGUAAGUCAUGGCUACACGAACGUUACAUCGUUUCAGCAAAGAAACUAUACCGAAGUCCUAUUGAAAAUUAUUAUUUACCUUGUCUUAGCAAGUUUGUAGUAAAUUGUUUUUGCUACCAG